GAGAGAGGUAGCCAAUAGGCGGGCAGAGCGCCGGCAGCUGUAAGGAAUGGAGUCGCAAUCGCCUGAUUCGGACGCGAACGUGGAUGAGUCUCUCUUCGCUCUCUUGCUGGACCUGGGGAUUCCGGAGGCUGCAGCGCGGAGGGCUUUGGCGCUCACGGGGGGCCAUUCGGCUGAAGCGGCGGCGCAGCUUUACUUCAGUAGCGGUCUCGAUUCCCAGGAUGAAGAUGAGGCACAGGGCAGUGAUGUCAAUCUUCUCCCAAGCAGAUACCACAAGAUGGUCUUUGUAGUGAACAUGGAACUCUCCAUGGGAGCUGGAAAGAUUGCUGCUCAGGUGGGGCAUGCAGCAAUUGGUUUGUUCCAGCUGGUGCACGAAAAACCAGGUCAGAGGGACAUGAUCAACCAAUGGGAUGAGCAUGGUGCAAAGAAAGUUGUGCUUCAGGGAGCCAACACAGACCAGUUGCUGGAACUGCACGCGCUAGCCCUGAGUCUAGAAUUGCCAACAUACCUAGUGCAGGAUGCUGGAAGGACACAGGUCCCAGCCGGGUCCCAGACAGUCCUUGCCAUCAUGGGAGAAGAAGAGCUGGUGAAUCAGGUGACUGGGCAGCUCAAACUGAUGAACUGAGAUGUUUUGAAGUUUGGCUGUCUGCGGAGUCCCUGGACGGCCUGAGCCGCUGCGGCUGCCUCUGGCAACAACUCAGAGAACACCCGAGUAGAACAGAAACCCCAAGGGACAGCUCUCCCUUGCAAGAGCAGCCUUCUUCUAGACAACGGAAGUGGUACCAUUCUCCUGAUCCAGAUUUUUAAUGAACUCCCAAGUGGCUGUGUGAAGACGGGACCCUCUGUUCUUGCCAUUUAUAAGCCAGCUGAUCUGUGCAAGUAAUGCUUAAGCGUUUUCAGUUUAGGGGGAAACUGCAAGCAUCAUCCCUGGUUGUCUUGCCCUCCUGAUGCCCUCCAGAUGUAUUCAGCGUAAUUCAUUAACCCCAGUCAAGUAUGGUCAACCCCCAUCUUCCCCAAGCAGGCAGGUGCAGGUUACUCUAGUAUAAAUUCUCACACCAUUUGGGUAUCUUGUGCCAAGAGUAUCCCGCUUUUUUUCCCCCCCGUCAUGUCAAAAGGAACAAAAGUGUUGCAAUCUUUGGAGAGCUUCAUCUGUGGCUUGUCUGCUAGGACUUCUCUUCGAGAGCCAAAGGUUGGUUGUUCCUGUUUAGAAUGCUGUAACUUCUCUGUUUAGCUAAAGUGUAUAUUGCAAUUGGCGGGGUCCGUUUGUAUCUUAUUUUUAAGCUCCAAAAGUGGUUGUUUCUUGCUUUAUGACAUCCUUUGUGUCAGAUUUCCAAAUGGCUUUGAAAAACGAUUUGCAAAGAAACGCCAGCCCUAUCCCGACAUUUCUCUUAACAAAUAGCUGAACUAAAGAAUUGCAAUAGUAGUCAUUGGCAGAGGUUUUGUUCAGCAACAUGAAAGUCUAGAAUUUCCCAUCUUAGAACUUUUGUUUCUCUAUUCUCAAAAGACUAAGAACAAGAAAAGGUUGUUAUUUAGCAGGUCUGUUACAGUGUCUUUUUUUAUGUCUUUGUUAAAUUGGCCUUUUUACAUUGGUCCUAUAACUCUUUUCUUUGCCAAUACUAAUUUUUGCAUAGAUCCCCAAGGGUGGUAAUUCUAGAUUUAUGUGACUGACACUAGGAAUAACCUGGGGAAUUUCAGGAGAACCUAAAUUGCAUAGUUUAGGUUAGCGUUUAAAAAGUGGCUGAAUUGAUCAAGUAGCUGAUCAAGUCUGAUGUGGUGUGUUCCAACGUGGUUAAGAAGUUUUUCUCCCUGGCAGAGUUCUUGUAUCUUUUAAGUACCUGGCAAUCUGAAAUUGAAUUCUUGUCAUUUUUUCCCAGUUUGUAGAAAAUCUAAGGGUUGGAUUUUUGCAUUUGUUAGACAGCUACUCUGGAUGCUACUGUCAAGACACACUAUGCAUUUUGUGAUGCCUUGUACCUCUUAAUGCAUGCUGAUGAAAUAGUUAUGUGCAGAUGAUGAAAUCUGUGCAAUCUGCUGUACAAUGGUUCAGAAAAUAAGAGUACAAACCCUCUAAAUUUAA